GCCGACUGGCGUUAUUCCGAUUUUCACGCCCAGGGGGCGUUAAACACCGCCCCCGCGGCUUCAUCCCGGCGUGAUGUUCUCCGCGUCAUUGUUUUGACGCAUCCUUCCCCUCCCCCUAACGGCUAAUAUAGCCGUUGAAACCCCAAAAAAAGAAAAUUUUAAUUAUUAUUUUUUAAUUUCAAACUCCCCCCCUCCCAUUCUCACACCUUCAAUCUUCUUCACACAUUCUUCAAUUCUCCAAUUCUCUAACUCUCUUUUGAACAUGAAUCCUUCCGGCUCCGGCUUCUUCCCCGAUGAUCUCGAGCCUCACGAGUCCGCGAUGUGGUUUUUCCAACAAUACGGGAAUCAUCCGCCGAUGUUCGAGACGCAACAAUCGGGGUACGUCGAGCGAGAUUCAGUUCCGGAGACUCAACCGGAACCAUCCGGCACCAAGAAAAGUGCACGCCGGAAGAGCCACAAAGCGAAAGGCAUGAUGACCGAGGCGGCAAGGUCAAUCCAAAAGUGGAUGCCGAAGGAAGAGUGUUUAUUGGCGUCGGCUUGGGUUGACGUCUCCGAGCAUCCUAUCGUUGGAGAGUUGAAAAAAGGUGAAAGUUUAUCAUAAUACCCUUAAUGAAAAAUGGGUGGAGUGUAUUAAAUGAGGUGGGUGAGGUGUAAUAAAUAAAGUAAGUGAGGGUAGUUGUGGUAUUUUAAUUGUUAAAAAAUGAAAUGAGAAGAUCUAUUGUGGACAAAGAAAAAGGGCUAUUGAGAAGAUCUAUGAGGGACGGAGGGAGUACAUAUUAAAAAAACUAUAUCAAAAGAUCUACGAAAUUAGAAGUGACAUGACUAUAUUAUUUUAUCAAAUGGGUGACGAAAAUAGGGCAACAAAAUGAAUAAAGUUUGACCCCGUGA